CCUCCUCCCUCUUUGUUUCCUUCUUCUUCAGCUCAGACGCUCAAAGUGUUUCGUUGCUUGGCCAACCUUCAUUAAACCUUAGAGAAGAAGAAGAAGUGUUUCAUUGAGAGAAGAAAGAGGAGAUGUAAAUCAUGCGGCUCUUACUGGCUCUCUUCUUUCUGCUGGGAAUCCCCAGCGGGGCUCCAGAAAUUCACUCUCUGAAGUAUGUUGUCACUGGAGCCUCUCAAGUUCCAAACUUUCCAGAGUAUGUGAUUGUUGGCUUGGUGGAUGAACUUCAGAUCACUCACUACGACAGCAACACCAGGAGAGUAGUCUCCAAACAGGACUGGAUGUAUAAAACCACAGAAGAAGAUCCAACAUACUGGGAGAAGGAAACUGGUGUAUCUCUGGGAGAUCAACAAUCCUUCAAAGCAGACAUUGAGAUCAUGAAGGAGCGUUUCAACCAAACUGGAGGUGUUCACAUUGUCCAGAAGAUGUAUGGUUGUGAAUGGGACGAUGAAACUGAUGAAGUGGUGAACGGAUUUCAUCAAUACGGGUAUGAUGGAGAAGAUUUCAUCUCUUUCGACCUGAAGACAGAAACAUGGAUCGCUCCAGUUCAACAGGCUGUUCCCACCAAACACAAGUGGGACAAAGACAAAGCAAAGAUGGCUUUUGAUAAAAACUAUUUCACCAGUUUUUGUCCUUAUUGGCUGAAGAAGUAUGUGGAGUUUGGUCGGAGCUCACUGAUGAGAAAAGAUCUUCCCUCAGUGUCUCUCCUCCAGAAGACUCCCUCCUCUCCGCUCACCUGCCACGCUACAGGUUUCUACCCCGACAGAGCCGACUUGUUCUGGAAGAAAGACGAGGAGGAGCUCCAUGAGGACGUGGUCAGAGGAGAGAUCCUCCCCAACCAUGACGGGAGCUUCCAGAUGAGCGUUGAUCUGGAUCUUUCAGGGCUCCAAGAUGAAGACUGGGGGAGGUACAGCUGUGUGUUUCAUCUGGCUGGAGGACAGGAAGUCUCCAAGAGACUGGACAAACGGGACAUCAGGACCAACUGGAAGACAAAUGAUGGAGGACUUGACACUGGACUCAUUGGAGGCGUUCUGGGAGUUGUUGCUGUUCUGGUCGUGAUCGUCUGCAUCAUUGGAUUCUUCGUCUACAAGAAGAAACAUCCUAAAGGGUUCAGAGCCACUAACACCUCUGAAACUUCCUCUUCAUCAGGAGAAGAUCCAGCCGAGAAGAAAGGGAGCAGUGAGGAGCUGAGCAUGUUAAAAGGCAGAAAGAAAUGAUGGAGAAGUUGCUGAUUGCUCCACUGUGAGCUGCUCUCCAGGACGGGGCUCCUUCCUCCCUGUGGACUGACUUUGCUUUGGUGGAAUAUUGUUACAGCUUGAGCCAAAAGCUCUUCACUGGAUAUGAACUGAUGUGUUGAGAGAGUUUCUCUCCUCCACUGAUUUCCUCCUGACUAAACUAUUGAUCUGCUUCAUUCACUUGUUGCUUCUCAUCACUUCCUUCUGAUCUUUUCUUGGUUUUCAUUUGAUCUCAGAAGGUGAAUUGUUUUGGACUUUGCUUCAUACUGACAGCAGAAACCAGGAGCUUUUUCCUUUAUUCAUUCAUUCAAAACUUUAUUAUGGACAUACAGAAUGGUCCAUAGAGAUUAGUUAAAAGAAAACUAUUCUAAAAAGAAAAAAAAUAGAUAAAUAAAAAAAAAUAAUAAUAAUAAUAUUAACACCAUAUUAUACAUGUAGACAGGAUCGCCAAUGUUUCCACAUUGCAGACGUGAACCUUAUAGAGCUAUAAAGUGAUACCAGGGCUUGGAUUAUACAGUUCGACAGUUCUGUGAUUCUGCACAUAAAAGAGUAAAUGCGACAUCGAAUUACAGCUGCACAGGCUCUCACACCACAAUGAACAAACAUUUCACUUGCACUAGAGUGUCUAGGGACUCUCAUUAUUAUUCUCAAAGAGUCAUUGUAGGCGGCAGUCGGUUUUUGCAGACUCCUCUUCUUGCACCUGCGCCAGAGAUGAGCAGUGUCCAGAGGAGAGCAGAAUGACCUGAAGAGGGCAACUUCAACAUUGGCUGAGCACAUGUGGAAUUUACGUGCCACCAUGUUUGCCUGUCCCUACAGUUUACACUGCUGUCUGUGUCUCUGUCAUCUGUGAGGUGAUUUGUGAUAUAAUGGCCAAGAUAUUUUAUUUCUGCAGUGACUCCAAGAAUGCAACCACUUCAAAAGAAGUCAGGAAAUGCCAGACUCUGAUCCUCUUUAGUUCUUACAAUCAUCACAUAACUUUUACAAGUUACGUUACAAGUUACAUUAUGUACAACUCAGAGUUGUACAUAAUAUAUUCUAUUCCGUAUUGCGAGCAUAUAUUCAGAAGCCUCUGUCGGCCAGCACUAUAUGGGCACACAAGCACCAAAUCAUCUGCAUACAUUAAAUGAUUACACAGAUAAUUUCCCACAAUACAUCCAUUGUUACACAUGUUAUGCUGUACAUACAGGUCAUCAGUGUAGAUAUUAAAAAGCAAUGGGGACAGAAUUCCCCCCUGACGAACUCCAUUGUUGUUUCUGUGUCAGUUCCUCAGAGGACUUUUAGAGCUGCUUUCAUCACAGCUUUUUCAAUAAUGUUUAUUCUGCUUUUUCAGCCUCUGAAUAAAGCUCUCCACAAUCCACAA